CCUAUGAACAUGGAGGGCGCUCUUUGAAAACACAGUUUUGAGUCCGGAAGUGGAGAAAUGGCGUCAAAAAGGCACUAACUCUCUGGAUGUUUGUUUCUGGCAAGAUGGAUCCUAGUCUGUCUAAGAAUACAAUGAUGAAAGAGGAACAGAAGGCUAGCCUGAAAACGGAGAGGCAACCGCAGGAUGGUGCCAUCAAGUCGAAGCCAUUGAAAUCUAAAUGUACAGAAAAGAUGGAGGAAAACUCGGUUUCUAAGAGCAGCAAAUAUCUCCCCUCAUUCAACUACCUCAUUAAGAACUCUGGUCAGUACUUCACAUCGAGGCGAGUCGUCAUCGUGCCCUUCGUCUGCGAGGAAUGUGGUGAGGCCUUUGAGAGUAUCUCGGACCUUGUGCAUCACUUCCGGAGCCACUUCAACGGAAGUCUCUACGAGUGCUCGGUGUGCCUGACUCCCUUCAGCAGUAAACAUUCCUUAAAGAAGCAUAUGAUGGCACACUCUACAGGAGAAACCAAAGGGGGAAGACUCUGUGAAAGUAAGGGAAGUACUUUGGGGUCGAUUAAGACGGAUGACGAAGAUGGGGAUGCCGCUUUGUUCAGAUGUCUUCACUGCAGGAAGGCCUUUGACAGCUUGUCCGACCUCGAAGAUCAUGCCGUAGAGCAUCAGAUCCAGGAGCUACACACGUGCCCAGAGUGUGGCAGGUGCUACCAGCAGAAACACCUCCUGGACAACCACAUCCAGAUGCACCACGUGGAGCUAUGGACCUGCGAGGAGUGCGGAAAGAACUUUGAGAACAAGAAGCGGUUGAUGGUCCAUUACGAGGUACAUAAUGGCAUCCAGGCGGAGAAGCGGCACAAAUGCGAGGAGUGUGGGAAGGCUUUCGUGGCAAAGUCGAAGCUUCUACGGCACAUGCGUGUUCACACGGGUGAGCGGCCGUUCCGCUGCGACAUCUGUGGCCGCGGAUUCAACGACAGAUCCAAUCUGUUCAUUCACGCGCGUGUCCACACCGGUGAGAAACCCUACUCCUGCACACAGUGUGGGAAGUCUUUCACGGGAAAGAACGACUUGAAUAGGCACGAAAUGAUACACACUGGAACCAAGCCGCACUCAUGCAAGCAGUGCGGGAAGGGUUUCCGUGAAAAGUCCAAGUUGAAACGCCACAUCAAGACACACCUUAUACCCAACGCCAUGCUCAAACCUCACAAGUGUGCUACAUGCGGAAAAGGUUUCCGUGAAAAGUCAAAAUUGAAGAGGCACAGUAAGAUACAUGAAAGGGAUACAAAAAGUUGAGCGUUCGUCGCCCAUGUUUACUUUGAUUUUUAGGAUUCGUUUUGAUUAAGAUUUUUCUUUUUCCAACAAUGGCUCUGAGAAAUUUGACAGGAAUUCUUCUAUUCAUUCCAAUCAGUUUCUGUGUAUAUUGUUACUUUUAUGUAUGCACUCCCAUCAGUUGAAUCUUUUUAAUUUUGUCACAAUCAUGUUUUCUAGAAAAAAUAAACAAAGAAAGGAAACAGUAUGAUUUGAAUUGCUUGAAAAAUUGCCUUAGAAUGUAGUUACCAUAUUUCUGAAAGUGGAAACAGUUUGCACUUAAAAAAAUCCCCCCAAAUCAAAGACAAAUAAUUUAUGAACACUUUUUGGUUGGUAUAAAGGUAAAUUAUUCAUUUUUUUAAGGGCAACUUAGCCUCUGAUGAGGGGAAAAAGCAGUCAUGUAUUUCCUUCGCUGAUAAUGACGAUAUACAUGUACCAGCAUGUAUCCACAUGAUAAAUGUAGAUGUUGUAUAUACCAAAGCAACAAAUUUUUCCAGGAUAUAUUGGAUAUCACCUUGAAUAUAAAUUUUAUGGUGUCCCACUUCUAAUCUAAUUAAUUAAUUGUAAUUAAUUUAUUUUAAGAUUUAUGAAUGCUAGGGCAUGAACUUGAUUCCCCAUGAAGUUGAUAAAUUCCCAGUAUUUAUACACGUACAUGAGCAGUGGUUGAUUUUAUGAAGUAAUCUGCCAACGAUCACUGUGUGUAGCAACUCUGAUAAUAGAUACAAGACGAUGUGCUGACUAGCGUGAAGCCAGGCAUAAAUCUAAGGCCAAGGGACUGUUUCACGAAAAGUUAAGUGUGGUUUAUAGUCUCGCGUAAGAGACGUACACACUAGUUCAUGCCUCUUGAACGUCAAUCGACAAAUGGGUUGGUGUAAUACCACACCAGGGGGCUGUUUCAUAAAGCUGUACGUAUUAAACUUAAGAGUGACUUUAAGAACUCUCGCCUUGUAAUCAGAGGGUUGUGUGUUCGAAUCCCACCAUUGCCUAGUGCCCUUUAGCAAGGCGUCAAUCCGCACUUUGCCACUCUCACCCAGGUGCUAAUUGAGUACCGGUAGAAAACGACCGUCAUGGUGGUUGGUUUAGCAAGUUUGCGCCUAACAGGCUGAUUGGAAUGCUCAGAAUCCAGUGACCGGGUAAUAAUGAAUGUUAAGCGCUUUUAUCAGUCUUAGAUUGAUAAAGCUCUAUAUUAUAAAUGUCUAUUAUUAUU